GAAACGUCCCUUGGAAAGCCCCGCCCUUCCGCUCGGCCCCGCCCACGCGAAGUUUCUAGGCGAGCGCGGUGCAUUCUGGAGAGGAGACGGUUUGAGCAGGGCCGCCGCCAAGAUGAUGCCCACCCCUGUCAUCCUGCUGAAGGAAGGCACCGAUACUUCUCAAGGGAUCCCGCAGCUGGUUAAUAACAUCAGCGCUUGCCAGGUGAUCGCGGAAGCCGUCCGGACUACGCUGGGCCCUCGGGGCAUGGACAAACUCAUUGUGGACGACAGAGGCAAAGCCACGAUCUCCAACGACGGUGCCACCAUCCUGAAGCUUCUGGACGUGGUCCACCCUGCGGCCAAGACGCUGGUAGACAUCGCCAAGUCCCAGGAUGCGGAGGUUGGGGACGGCACCACGUCGGUGACACUCCUGGCUGCCGAAUUCCUGAAGCAAAUCAAGCCCUACGUGGAAGAAGGCCUCCACCCCCAGAUCAUCAUCCGUGCCUUCCGCGUGGCAACCCAGCUGGCAGUGGAGAAGAUCCGGAAGAUUGCGGUCACCAUCAAGAAGACAGAUCCAGCAGAGAUGAGAGACCUGCUGGAGAAGUGCGCCAGCACCGCGUUGAGCUCCAAGCUGAUUUCCCAUCAGAAGGACUUCUUCGGCAAGAUGGUGGUGGACGCCGUCAUGAUGCUGGACGAGCUGCUGCAGAUCAAAAUGAUCGGCAUCAAGAAAGUGCAGGGCGGAGCUUUGGAGGAUUCCCAGCUGGUGGCCGGCGUGGCCUUCAAGAAAACCUUCUCCUACGCCGGCUUUGAGAUGCAACCGAAGAAGUACGAGUCGCCCAAGAUCGCCCUGCUCAACAUUGAGUUGGAGCUCAAAGCCGAGAGGGACAACGCGGAAGUCAGAGUCCAAAAUGUGGCGGAGUACCAGGCCAUCGUGGACGCCGAGUGGAACAUCUUGUACGACAAGCUGGACAAACUCCACAAAUCCGGAGCCAAAGUCAUCCUCUCCAAGCUGCCCAUCGGGGACGUGGCUACUCAGUACUUUGCGGACAGGGACAUGUUCUGCGCCGGCCGAGUCCCCGAAGAAGACCUGAAGAGGACCAUGAUGGCCUGCGGGGGAUCCAUUCAAAGCAGCGCAAACGCACUCACGGACGACGUCCUCGGACGCUGCGCCGUCUUUGAAGAGGCCCAGAUUGGAGGAGACAGGUACAACUUCUUCACAGGUUGCCCCAAGGCCAAAACCUGCACGAUCAUCCUGCGAGGCGGCGCAGAGCAGUUCAUGGAAGAGACGGAACGUUCCCUGCACGAUGCCAUCAUGAUCGUUCGACGGGCGAUCAAGCACGAUUCCGUAGUCGCCGGUGGCGGAGCUAUAGAAAUGGAAAUCUCCAAAUACCUGCGAGAUUAUUCCAGAACCAUUCCGGGCAAGCAGCAGCUGCUGAUCGGAGCGUACGCUAAAGCCCUGGAGAUUAUUCCACGCCAACUUUGCGACAACGCCGGCUUCGACGCCACCAACAUCCUCAACCAGCUCCGAGCCAAACACGCCCAGGGGGGCACCUGGUACGGCGUAGACGUGAACAACGAAGACAUCGCCGACAACUUCGCCGCCUGCGUGUGGGAACCGGCCAUCGUGCGCAUCAACGCCCUGACGGCCGCCUCCGAGGCCGCCUGCCUCAUCGUCUCCGUGGACGAAACCAUCAAGAACCCCCGCUCCACCGUGGACGCCCCUCCCGUAGGCCGGGGCCGAGGGCGCGGCCGGCCACACAACCACUGAAAGCCAGGCUUAUGUCAUGGGUGUGAGAGGCGGGGGGGGACGACAAUGACAGCCAGCCCCCCCCGCCCCCCCCCCCCCC